AUGGCGAGUGAUAAUGAAGAAGAUGAAGAAGAAGAAAUUGAACCGGAGAAUGAAGAAGACCGCGCUUUUCUCGAUGAUGAAAUACAAGAACUGGAAGACGUCUCCUUUUAUAGAAGAUUGAACGUUGAAGUGGACAGAGAAAGAAGACAGCAACUGAGACAGACGCGGGACCAGUUAGAAGAGUUACAAGAUAUUGUAGGUGGUUCAGAGGACGUCAGUGACCACAAAGUCCUCAGUCAACUAGAGGAGAAACUGAACGCCUAUAUACAAGAACUGCCCGUGCUAGGCUUCAACUCUGGCAAGUACGACCUGAAUGCCUCCAAAGAAUUCCUGUUCCCGUACCUCAUCAAGCAUCAGCCCGUCAAGUUUACUGUGAAAAGGAAUAAUAAUCAUAUGUGUAUCAAGACAGACUCUUUAAAGUUUCUGGACAUCUCUAAUUAUCUCGCUCCAGGGUUCAGCUACGAUCAGUUCCUGAAAGCGUACGAGUGCGAACAGACCAAAGGUUUCUUCCCUUACGAGUGGAUCGACAGCCUGGACAAGCUCGAAGAAACAUCUCUGCCCUCGCAUGAAGCUUUCUACUCAAGUCUGAAGAACCAAAACAUUACAGAAGAAGAAUAUGAGUACUGCCAGCAAGUAUGGGAAGAAAAUGAAAUGUCCACCUUUCAAGAGUUCUUAAUCUGGUACAAUAAUUUGGAUGUCGUUCCUUUCCUCGAGGCAGUAGAAAAAUGA